CGUCGACAAUAAAUUUGGACACGUGAACUGACAUCAAAACAUUAAACCAAAUGCCAGAAGCGUGCCACGAAUAUAGCUUACUGUCCUAGGACACACAAAGGAAAAUAAGUUAUUAUUUACGAUGUCUUGGGUUAAGGCAGUUGGACGCAGUGUUGAAGAUGUCUUCGACGAGGAUGCGGAUGACAUUACUUUACAGAACAAAGAAUGGAAGUACAACAUGGAAAAGCGUGUUAAGGACGGAUACAGAGAUGGCAUGGACGCAGGUAAAGAGGCGUCCCUUCAGCUCGGUUUUAACCUGGGAUACAAAGAAGGAGCGGCCAAAACUGUGGCCAUUGGGCGUCUGAAAGGAAUCCUAAGUGCUAUACAGUGCUGGUGCCAGCUGCAGAGGCCAGACAGCCCCACUCCUGCCUGUGUCACAGACCUUCUCCAGCGGGUUGUGCAGCAUGAAGACUCUGUCAUCCAGGCAAUGGUUAAGGCCCUGGAGAAGCCUCCACCCAGUGUCAGUGACGUCUCCGACUGUAUGGAGGACCUAGGGGUGGACCAGGGAGAUGCAGGAUGCAGGGGAGAGGGGUGUCAAGCUGCCGACUGCUGCAAGAGAGGGGGAGAUGUAGACAUUGAUCUGAAGCCGUCUCAGAAACCCAGUUGUUCAAGCACUACAGACUUCCUCAGUUCAGAGGAGAGUUUAGAACGGCUGGUUCAAAGCUGCAUGGAGGUGGUGUCAGAACUCGGGCUGCCAGAGGAACUGGCUCAACACCUGAAACAGCUGAAGAGUGCAGCGUGAACCUUUUCUUGUUAAAUAUAAACUUGUGGAUAUUUAUUCUUGAAAUAAUUUGAUUCAUGUCUGAGAUUAGGUUUGUGUACAAGCCUAUAUUUUAACUUACAGCUUGUUUACUAUGGAAACAAUUUUACUAGGGAAACAGUGACAUAUGAUAACCUUUUGGAGUGUUUUUGUACAGCAGC